CGACACUGACUUGCGAAUCUCUUUCACAGUGUAUCGCCUUCCGAGUGCCUGAUAAUCACAUCCUUGCACCAAGUGAUCGGCGAGGAAAUCCUCGACGGGGCUUUCAAGAAUAGAAAGAGGCUGCUCAUUCGCAUGGACGAUCUUGAAGAAGGAUCAUACCGAGACGAUGAAGUUCGAUCGCAAACGAUGGGUCCCAUGGACAGGAGAUUUCGCUCUUCUAAGAAAUUAUCUGGCCACGAAGAGUAGACCCCCUUGGAUCCCCUUAAAAGUGUUGGAUGCGGUUCUCAGGGGGUACGGCCAGAUCGCUUUUGCGAACAAUUCCAUCAGUGGACUUUUGAUCGUCUCUGCGUUGGCUGCGACUUCCCCUGGAAUUUUUUCCGCCAGCUUGGGUACUGCUCUCCUUGGGCUUGUAUUCUCCGUAGUGUCUGGAGAGUCUGCAGACAAAAUACAAAAUGGAUUGACGGUCUUCAAUCCGGUGCUGAUAGGAGCCGUGACGUACGCCGUGAUGCCGGAAGUGUCGGAUGGAUCUGAAAUUCUACGUCUCUUGCUGACGAUUUCCUGCACGUUGUUCAGCGUUUAUUUGGUCCGUUCGAUUGGAAACGACAGGAUCCCUCCGUUAACGUUGCCCUUUAAUUUGACGGAACUCAUGCUUCUCUUCACUCUCAGGAUAAGUGAAGGUUUAUCGGGUGUUGCGCCUGCCACUGAUGACUGGGCACGAGAAAAAUGGCGACGUUCAACGAUAGUAAUACACGUGGCCGAUUUUUCUUUCACACCUAACGAGGACUUGAAGAGCGAUCCGAGACGGUUUCGAAGAGGAUGUAUCCCGGACAUUUCAUUCACGGAUUGUCGCUUGCAGGAGAACGCGACAGGAGGCGUCACACUGGACGCGGCGAACGGCACCGGCGACGCCCUCGACUGGGGAAUGGUCUUCAGGGGCGUCAUCACGUCCUCUUCGCAGCUUUAUGCAGUCGAUAGCGUCCCUGCGGCGGCCGUUGUGUACCUCGCCAUCUUGGUUUUCUCACCCACGGGAUGCGCCUUCGCCUUUCUUGGAGCUUUGCUUGCGAAUCUUAUAGGUCUGGGGCUUGGCGUUCCUCGGGAAAUCAUUUAUUCCGGUGUGCGAGGAUUUAAUGGCCUCCUCACAGGGGCCGGACUAGGAGGCUUCUUCUUCGUCCUGAGGGUACAAACCGCCAUGGCGACCGUUAUCGGCAUCGUCUUCAGUACCAUCCUGGAGCACAUUAUGAUCCAUGUCCUCGGGAAGGUGGGACUUCCGGCCAUGUCUAUGCCAUUCGUCUUCACGAUUUGGCUCUUCAUCGGAUUGAGAGAUUCUUCGAGUGAGGUUUUUCCACAACCUAGGAAUUUGUCUUUUCAUGAAAAGCAUCGUCACGAGUAUCUAGUCUAUCGCCGGGCUUUAAAGGUGAACACAGUGGACACUGGGAGUGCAGUAGACAUUUCCGAGGGGAAGGCCAGAGAAGAGGAGUUGGACGAAAUUCGUUCGAUGAAAAGCUGUCCCAGUUACAGGACGAGCAGUGGGUCUCGAUAAAUCGGAGAAGAAGAGACCUAGAAGCACAAUGGAAGGCGUAAAGGAUGAAUGAUAGGCGCACGUCGACUCGAAUGCCAACAUUGUUCGGCCCAGGACAAAGUUCCCCUCGAUGGAGUCGCCGGAGAAAUCUCGUCGGAAGCGUAGACGUUGCUUUAACGAGACCGCCAGGUCACGACUACGAGAACAGACAUUAAGGGCGCUUUGUGCAAAGACCGCGAACGCGUUUCUGUAUGGCGAGAGUUGAUUACGUGCUCAUUGUGGAGGCAAAG